AUGGCUCCCAAAAAUAAAGCCCAGAAGAUGUCUAUGAGCACCUUCUUGGCCGAUGAAAGCCUUGGCUCUUGGGCUGAUGAGAUGGAGGAUAUGCCCCUUCCUUCCCAGCCAUUGACUUCCACCUUCAACCGUCGCCCCGCGGGUGAUUUGGGAUACGGCUCCGCCUCCGGCUCUGGCGGCUUUGAGCGCGAGCGUGGAGGAUAUGCCGUCCGGGAGCCUCUUGAUCUCCCCACACAGCCCCCCUACACUUGCCACGUUGGCAACCUUUCCUUCGAUUCAACUGACGCCGAUAUCUCCGAGUUUUUCUCUGCAUGUGGCGUGACGAACGUUCGUCUCGUGGAAGACAAGUUGACAAAGGCCCCUAAGGGUUUCGGAUAUGUCGAGUUCGAGACCGUCGAGGGUCUGCAGAAGGCUCUGGAUCUCUCUGGCUCGUCUUUCCAGGGACGUUCCAUCCGUACCAGUGUUGCGGAGCCUCCCAAGGAAUCUCGCCUGGAGGGCAAGGAUCUUGACUGGUCCCGACGUGGUCCCCUCCCCGACCUUCCCCAGCGACGUGCGCCUGAGCGCUCCAGCUUCGGACGUGGUAUGGAUGCCGGCUCCGAUGCGGGUAGCGACCGCGGUGGCCGCCGCAGCAACUUUGAGUCCGACGGAAAGCCCCGUGACUUCAACAACUGGGAGCGCAAGGGACCCCUUUCGCCCUCUGCCGGUGGCCCGCCCCGCGAGGGUGGCCGAGAGCACAGCAACGACGGACCUGGUUCCAGCUUCCGGAGAACCGAGGCCGCAUGGGGUGAGGGACGUUCCCAGGACGAGGGCUCGCGCCCUCCCCGCCCCGAGCACGUUCGCCCCGAGCCCACACCUACUGCUGCCGAUAUGGACAACCAGUGGCGCGCCAGAAUGCGCCCCGACGAAACCCCCAAAGAGCCUAUCACCCCCGCCUCCCCCUCUGCUACGCCUGCCGCUCCUGCUGCCCCUGCUAGCCGCCCCAAGUUGAACCUGACGAAGCGCACCAUCUCAGAUAACCCCGCCCCCACUCCUACCUCAGCCAGCAGCGACUCUAAGGCUAGCCCCUUCGGUGCCGCUCGCCCCAUUGACACCGCUACCCGUGAGCGCCAGGUGGAGGAGAGACGCCAGCUUGCCCUCCGCCAAAAGCAGGAAGCUGCCGAUAAGGCUAAGGCUGAGAAGGCCGAAAAGUUUGCUGAGAAGCAAAAGCAGGCUAAGGAGGCAGCCCCUGCCGUGGAGCACAACGGCAAGGAUGCCAUUGAGACCCCCAAGGGAGGUGGCAACUUUGAGAUCCUCCAACGGGCCGGUGAGGAUGGCGAAGAGGUGGCCACCGAAAAGGAGACCGAGGAGACGCCUGCCGCUCCUGUCGAAGCCAAGAAGGCGUCUGCUAACGGCUGGAGAGCCCCGGCCCCUGAGGCUGGUGCUGCUCCUGCUGCUGGCGGUGACGACGAGGGAUGGAGCACGGUCAGUGUUAACAAGCGCAACAACCGCCGUGGACAGACUGGUCGAGGAUUCGCAUAA